AUGUACACUUUGCUCAAUGUAUUCUUGGCUAUUGCUGUUGAUAAUUUGGCUAAUGCACAAGAAUUGACCGCUGCCGAAGAGGCUGACGAAAGAGCGAACGAACUCUCCGAUGAAUCUGAAACAAUCGAUGAGCAGGAUGGCGAGUGUGCGAUUGAUGUGGAAGGUAAAACCGCUGGUGAGCUUUGUCGUGUUCAGCGUGAAAUUGAAGGUAUGUUGCACCGACAUUCUCUUUGCGUCCUAUAG